UAUUUUUCGUUUGUUUCUGUAUGAUUUUUGUUUUUCUUUUUUUUUUUUUCGUUUUCUCUCUCAAAAUCUUCCUAGAAAUAAUGGACCCAGCAGAUCCAAAAAUCCCCAUUUUUAUCUACUUUUCAUGGAGUUUCAGAAAUACCCAUUUCCAUUUUUUGUUCUCUUUUAAGGGAGUCUUAUUCUCAUCUUGUUCGUUUCUGAUUCAUAUCUAAGCCUUUUUCAAAAGAUACCCACCAUAGUUUUUCUUCUACUUUGCCCAAAACCAACGUCAAUGAGCUCAGAGAAGUUGUUUUUGUUUUUUUAAGGUUGCUUUUGUCAUAGGAUAAAGGUUGCUCAGUUUAAACAUAUUGUAAAAUUUGUGCUCCAACUUUUAUGGCCAUGCUAGGAUUGCAAGCAGACAUGCAGCACAAAAGCCACUUGCUAGGGUGUUAUACUGCUUGGGACCUUAAUUUGGAUGUUAAUGGCACUGUAUGGCCCUCAGAUAAUGUUGAUAGAAUCAUAAGGAAUAGACAUUACAAUAAUGGUACUUUGCCACUGUCUUCGGAUUUGAACAUCUUCUACAACAAGGAUUUACUAAAGCAGACAAUGCUCAAGCAUGAAGCAGAAUUUAGGAAUCAGAUCCAUGAACUCCAUCGGCUUUACAGGAGACAGAAGGAAUUAAUGGAUGAAAUGAAAAAUAUUGAGUUAUAUAAACCUCAUCGCAGUCUGGGCACCUUACAACCAAAUCAUGUAUUAUCUCCAAAGUCAUCUAAUCAUGUACAAUUACCACAACAUACCUCCACCUCUAUUAACCUUGUGCAUUCUCAGUCCCCUGUUUCAGAAGCUAAAGAUGGAAACAGAGGGCAAGCAGGUCAUGAUCCUAUUUACAUAGAAUGCUCUUCAAAGGCCCCUGAGUUCAUGGAGUCCAAUUGCAAAAAGUUUGGCAAAAAGAUCUUGGAUCUUGAACUUCCAGCUGAUGAGUACAUUGAUAGUGAAGAAGAGGGAUUUUCAGAAGUGAAAAUGGCUCCUGAAGUGACUGAUAUUCCAACCAAUGCUCUAAAGAAAAUUCCUGAGGUUAAAGAUAGGGGUGAUAAAGAACUACCCAUUAGUGGCAGUGGGUGCAACUCAGUUUUCCCUGAAGGCAAUUUUAUUCCUAGUUCCAUUUCUUUGAAGACUAAAGUUUUAGCUGAUUUAAACAUUCCUGUCAAACUUGAGGCAGAUAUAAUUCCUGAGCUCAGUGACUUUCAGCACCCUAUUAUUGGCCACAGAGAAACUUCAUUACUAGAUCUCUCUGGAAAAUCAUAUUCAAGCUUUGAAGUUCUGUCCAAGGAGGUGAUUCCAAAUAGCCAGAUAAUGAGGGAUCCAGAAGCAGACUUGGAUAUUUUAUUCCUGGAUAAGCACAAUAUGCAAAGAGAACGCAUAACUUUGCAAAGAGAACGCAUAACUUGUAAUGAUAAAGCGGGGCAAAGCAGAAAUGAUUUGAAUUCUUCCUGCCAAGAUCUCUAUACUGAAAAAUUAUCAAUUGAGCACAUUGAUGAUGAGCGAGCUGAAGAUUCUUCAACACCUCAUGGUUUGGAAGAGACUAAAGAUAAGUUAUGCAAUGAAAUUUUACAGUGUGUCGGAGGAGACAUCUCUUCUAGUAGCGAUAAACCAGUUGCUACUUCAGACAUGUGCAGCUCAUAUCAAAUAGUUCCUUUGGCUGAUAAAAUGAACUCGGAGUCAUCCUCUGUUUCAUCUUGGAGACGUGACUUCAAACGGAGCCCUAUAGCAGUUCAAGCACUUCCAUGUUUUAAGGGAAAAAGUUCGAAAUCAUUUACCCGAAGCCCUGGACUUGCUGGAAAUGAGCUUUGUCUUAGCAAAAAAUUAUCUGCUCCAAACUUCCCACAGGCAAGUUGGCAGAAUGAUUUUCAGCUGGAGGGUCAGCCACCAUCUACAAGUUCUGUUUCACUGAACUGCAAUAAUGACAAUGGCUCUGCAUUUGAGCGACAUAGUCCUGUGAAAUACAUCAAGGAUUUUAAGUAUGUGAUGUCUGUAAAGAGUUUGGAUCUCAAUUUUGUCUUGCCUAGUUUCUCCACAGAUGUGGCUUGUUCCCAAGAUGCUUCUUAUAUACUUGGUGAAAAGACACUUGAAAAUUCAAGUGGUUGUUCUCAAAUUGCUGAAACGCCAAUACAUGAUAGCAAAUCUGGUGAAAGGAAAGACCAGUCAGUCCCACUGGAAUGUGUCCUUAAACAAGCUAAUUCAGUGUGUGUCCAUGAUGCUGAGUUGGAUAAGGCAAGCAACUCCCUUGAUUUUAAGAGGAUACUUGGAUUUCACGGGUAUAACAAGCCUCCUAUUCCCAAUGGCCAGUGCUCAUCUCAUGCCUCCCCUGCCAGAAACCAUUCAAAUUCUUGUGCAAAAGAAGACAUCAAGGACAAAGAAAAAGAUAUGAACUUGGAAGUUGAUCAUGUGCCUGUCAGAGAAAAACUAGCUAUGGCUGAGUUGUUUGCCAAAAGCAAACGUUGUGAAAAGCAUCCAAGUUUCGGAGUGCUCAUUGACCUGAACUCUUGCUUAUCUCUGGAUGCAUCUCCACUAAUGCCUUCGCAUUCAAAGGAAAUAGAUUUGGAGCCACCUGCAAGUCCAGAAAACAAAGAGAGGUCACCACCUAGAGGGGAAUCCGAUGAAAACCAACUUGAGACACCUUUGGUAUCUUCAGGACAAGAAGAUGGGGAUCUGCAAGAGGCACUAGUUAGGAUUGCAGCGGAGGCUAUAGUUUCCAUUUCAUCUUCUGAGAUUCAGACUUGUUUAGAAAGCACCAGUUGUGAACCUUUUAAAGCUUCCUGGAAUAAUUCCCUCUAUUGGUUUGCAAGGGUGGCUUCUUCAGUAGUGGAUGAUCCAGGAAGUGAAUUUGGAGUUAACAUAGGUGUUAAGGAUUAUGGUGAUCAUGAGGAGUAUCUAUCUGAUGGAAUUGAUUACUUUGAGGCCAUGACAUUGAACCUAACAGAGAUAACGGUAGAAGAAUCUUGGUGUAAAAGCAAUGGCCAAAAAGAGGAAGAAAUGAGUGCAAAUUUUUUGAGAAACCAGCCAAAGAGGGGUCGAACGAGGAGGGGACGACAGCAGCGGAAGGACUUUCAAAGUGAAAUUCUUCCAAGCCUUGCCUCUCUUUCAAGGUAUGAGGUGACUGAGGAUCUUCAGAUGAUAGGAGGGUUAAUGGAAGCUGCUGGUGCUCAGAGGGAAAGUGGUUCUUCAAGAAAUGCAGGUAGAAAUGGAUAUGCAAAAGGAAGGCGACGGUCUAAUGCCCGUGCUUCCAAUAUAAUGGAGAGCACGAUGAACACAUUGCUGAAGCAGCAGUCUGUUAAUGAUGAAGUGGGUAUCCAGCAGAGAAGACUAAUAGAGUGGGGGAAGAUAACAAGAAGACCUCGGGGGCCAAGAUGUCCAUCGAGUAAUCCUCGGCUUAUAUUAGGCCAAGUAUAGUAAGAGUAACUUUAAGGGCUUUUGGGUUAUAGCUAACAGUCAUGUGAUUAUGAUGUAAAUGCCAACUAAAAUAUGACAUACCAAUUACAUUUUAUAGGAGAAUAGAAGUCCAUUUUCAACUUUUAA